UUAGCACACACAUCCCGCUUCCUCAACUCUUCCCUCUCUCUCUCUCUCUCUCUCUCUCUCACACACACACUCUCUCUCUCUCAGACACACACACACUCUCUCUCAGACUGAAACAGCGGGAGCAGGGACACAAGGACGUCCGUCCAGAAGGAGGCUAGAAAUGGAAAGUUUGAACCAGAGGCUCAACCAACAGUUUGACUCAUGGAUGGGUCCCAGGGAUCCUCGUGUGAGAGGCUGGCUCCUGCUGGACAACUACUUGCCCACUCUGUUCUUCACCAUCAUCUACCUCCUGAUCGUGUGGAUGGGGCCGAAGUACAUGAAGAACAGGCAGCCUUUCUCCUGCAGGGGGAUCUUAGUGGUGUAUAAUUUGGCCCUCACACUUCUCUCCUUUUAUAUGUUUUAUGAGCUUGUGACUGCUGUGUGGCAAGGCGGCUAUAAUUUCUUCUGCCAAGACACUCACAGCGGAGGAGAGGCCGACAACAGGGUAAUAAAUGUGCUGUGGUGGUACUACUUCUCCAAGCUCAUCGAGUUUAUGGAUACCUUCUUCUUCAUCCUGCGCAAAAACAACCAUCAGAUCACCUUCCUGCACAUCUACCACCAUUCCACCAUGCUGAACAUCUGGUGGUUCGUCAUGAACUGGGUGCCAUGUGGACACUCCUAUUUUGGAGCCACCUUUAACAGCUUCAUCCAUGUGCUGAUGUACUCUUACUAUGGGCUCUCAGCCAUUCCUGCCAUUCAGCCGUACCUGUGGUGGAAGAGGUAUAUAACACAAGGACAGCUGCUCCAGUUCGUCCUGACCAUGAUCCAGACGUCCUGCGCUGUGGUGUGGCCCUGCGGUUUCCCAAAGGGUUGGCUGUAUUUCCAGAUCAGUUAUAUGAUCACCCUUAUUAUUUUCUUCUUGAACUUCUACAUACAGACGUACAAGAAGAAGGGCACUGCAGCAAAAAAGGAUCCCAGACACAACGGCAUUAAAUCUGUGAACGGCCACACCAACGGUGCGACUCAUACAGAUGCUGUAAAGCACAGGAAACCAAGAACAGACUGAGGACCUGUCUAUUCGUCCAGUUCCACCAUAUCUGUCUGUGAACGUGUUACCCCCAGUCUACACACAGCAGAGAGAGAAGCAAAAUAAAACUAUAUUCAUUUUAAUGUUCAAGAGAGUCAUAACAUUUUGCACACUUUUGUGUCCUGUUAUUGUUCAUAUUGAAUUCAAAAGACAAUAUGAGAAGAAAUACACUGAAAUUAAAAAAUAAGUCGCAACAGGGUCUGAGUUAUGUAGAAUAUCUUUGAUUAUAUUAAAGUCUUGUAUGUGUGGCAGCCUGGGAAAACCCAUCAGAUCUUGUUAAUGCAGCCGAAUUCAAUAUAUAUAUAUAUUCACCCAACAUUAUGUACAAAUAGUUUUAGUUACUUUCUAAACUUGUUUUGGCUUCUUGCAAAGAUCAUAUCAGUCGGUCUAAAGAGUGCUAGCUAGUAAACAUCAUAAUUCUGGUCAUUUGCCAGCCAUAGUGAAAUGGAUUUACGUAUAUAUCCAAGAUUUUCCGAAUCUUUAAAUCAUAAAGUAUCAGGCUGAUGGUCAUUAGGAAGGAGGUAAUAUGCAAGAUGCAUGUUUCAAAACUAGUGCAAAAUUUUUACCUUUGUAAAGGAGCUGCCACACACGUUUUCAACGAUUGUUUUAAUAGACGAGAGUGUUUUUAACACAGAAUCGCAAUAUACAACAAAACAAAAUACACAAAAUAUAAAUUCGGAAGUGAUCGUUAUCAGUUUUUUAGUGUCCGAAUGUUUUUCAUCGUAGUUCUAUCAGUUAUACAUACAUUUUUAUUUAAUUAAUUAAAUUAUAUUUCAUUGAUUAAAAAAACAUUUUAAUUUAAUUUAGAAUAUAGAAUAAUUUAUUAAUUUUUUUUUUAUUUCAUGUCAUUGGUAUUUACCCCCUUUUUUUUGUUGCUAUAAUGACAGUGAAUUGGACUUUACUAGUUUGUAAAAAACUGUUGACUUGUGUUAUAUCAAACACUAUAUUGUAAGCUCAAGGGACGCUUGCUUCAUGUAAAACAGUUAACAUAGUCAAACAUCACACGUUUAAAUAGGGACUUAUAAAUAAUCUUAAAAUGCUCUGCUUUUGUCUUAGUGUGGUCUCAGACUUUUAGCCCCAGACCCCAUUGUAUAAGUAUGCACUCAUUUGUAAGGAUGUUGUGAUUUUCUUAAGCACAUAAAAUAUGCUGUAUGAAUAUUACAGUCAUAUACUUUACUCUCAAAUACUGUAAAAAAAAAAAAAAAAAAAAUCAUCAGGUUUAAAAAGAUCUAAUAUUUUAUAGUUUUAUCGUGUCUUGCGUUGAGAAACAUAUGACUUGUAUUGGUACAUGCUAGCUCUUGGUGUUUUUAUUAGCGGCUAACCAGCUAUCCGCUCAGCCUGAGGGGGGGGAAAAACGACAGAAUAAGCAAACUUUAUUGUCACUUAACCACAGAUUAGAUGAAAACAUCACUGUUAUACAUCUGAAAUGUUAGAUAUUCGAUACUUUAGGUGGUUUAGAGAGAGAGAUCUGUCAAGAUUCAUUGUGCUCUGUCUGUUAUACACAACAACAAAAUGGCCGCCAUAGAAAUGAACGCCAACUAGAAAGAUUUCUAAUGGAAUGGCAAAUGAUUUAUUUGAAUAAAGUAAUAAUAUUUUGCUCACAUUAUGAUUUAGUUGUAGCAUUGUUUGAACUACAUGGCCAUCGUUUAGUACAGCUUCUAGAAAAGUAAUAAUAAUAAAGAAGGAGAGAAACCUUGAACAUUUACAAGCUUCAACAUCUUUACAGUCUAUAGUUCAUGCCAUAAGAUUUCUAUUCCGUUUAUGUGUGUUAAACUAAUCCAAAUGAUUUAAAACUCGUCUGUUUAGGUCUAGGAUACUGCAUUAUCUAGACUAACUGGCCACUUUGUUAGGAACACCUGUAGAGCUUCCUAUUAGCAAAACAACCGGUCAUGUGGCAGCAGCACAUCAUAGGUCAAGAGCUUUAGUUUUAAAUCCUGGUCUUGGUUUAGAGACGUGGUAGGUGAUCUGGUCUUCAGCUGUUGUGCCCUCAAGGUUUGGUGUUUGUAGGAGUUUAUUUGUACAUUAACACAUUUUAAAUGUACCACUUAGUGUCUCUGAACAUUGCCUCAAAAACAUAAAGCUAGCAUUUUCAACACGUGUGUGUAUUCCAUGUGAUGUUUUACUUGACAUUAUUGUAACACUUUGUACAGUGACAAGAUGUUCCUUGGGAUAAUUUUAGCUCUUGAUUGUUUAAAGAUGUUCAUCAUUUCUAUGUUUCAAAUCGUGGUGCAGGAAAAAUGCAUAGAAGCUACCGUAGAAAGUGUGUUGUUAUUGUGAGUGAAAUAAAUAAAGGCCUUAGUGUUGA